AUAGGUGCCAUUUUGACCCCCAAAAAAGAUCUAUUUUGCGGUCACCGUUUUGGCCCCAUUUUUGGGGUCGUUUCAGCCCUUUUUAAUUUAAAGUGUAUGCAUGGAAGAUUAGUUAUUCAAUGAGGCUCAAGUUUUGUACGUCAUCGGAAACAAUGUUAUUUGUAUUGUUAUGGCAAACUCGAAGGAUAUAAAUUUGGCACAUUAAAGCCCUAAAGUCAUUGCCAGUCCAAAGUUUCGCUGAGGAGUAUUGGAAUCUUUAUUACAUUCAAAUUGCUUAUUGAGGUAAGUCAGAAAAGUACCGUUUAUCACACGAAAAUGCAACUGUUCUUCUGCUGACAGUUCUUAUCAAUAUAUAAGUUUUAGUUUUGUUAAUUAUUUUCAUAUUGAUUCGAAGUCAAUUUUAAAGUACAAGCUUGAUCUUUCAUAUAGUAUAAGCGAAUUUCAUAUAGUGAACCUUAUAUAGUACAAGCUUGAACUUUCAGGCGAGGAAUAAGGUACCUCCCUCAAGGAAUUUUAACAGGUUGGGUCCCCGGGAGUAGGGUGAUAGGUGGUGGGUAAUGGAAUGGGUAUGAAUUUGGCAAUUGACUCCUAGAAUAUCAAAUGCAGAUAACUGAAUUGUUUCUGUUUAUAUCUUUUUAGCAGAAAUGGGCUUUGCGUUGAAAGUUAGUGUGAUGUUUGUUAUACUGGUGGCCGUUUUUGGUGUGGACGGACGUUUCGUUAAAAGUCCAGACAAGCGAGGUAAGCGUGAAUGAUAUAAUUUUAAUUUUUUAAAAUUGCAAUGCGUAAUUAUUAAAUGAAAAACAAACUCUCAAUGCAACCAACUUGUGCGCACAAGAAAUAAUUUUAUUUCAAAAUCAUCAUCAAAUCUAGGUCUAUAUUGUAUGUUUUCAUUAUCCUGUUUUUUGUUUUAUAUUAAUUUUGUUAAAAUUGUUGACCAGAAAUGGAUUAUUUGUGGUAUUAUUCUAGCUGGCAAAUAAACUAAUUAAAUCCUAUUAAACGCUACUUUGUAAAAUACAUGUGAUCAACGCGCUUUGAAAAUCGGUACCAGAUUCGGAAUUACAAGUUUAGCAUGUUUAUGUCAUAUUCCAGUAAUAAAUCUUUGUGAUAUUGUGGUUGUAUGCAUACACUGUAUGACCAUGCAUGCAUAUUUUGAUCUCUGAAUACUUGUUGAAUUAAAAGAUUUAUAAGUAGUGGCGUGCCCAGGGUAUAAUCUUUGUGUGUGUGUGUGUGUGUGUGUGUGUGUGUGUUUGGGGGCAAAAGACAUUUCGAGUGCAACCGCCAAAGGCGGAAGGAAUCUAAGGGAGUCCGGCGGCAUGUUCUCCCGGGAAAAUUUUGAAUUUCUGGACUCAUUACUACGCUAAUUCACGUAUUUUAUGACGAAGUUUGAAGUAAAGUUAAGUUACAACCACAAAAGCCAUUUUUAGGUCACCUAAUGUUGGUAGAUCCAUGUAAAACGUUAUACUGUGUACGCAAAUACAACAGCAAACUAGCACAAUGUCUUGGUUUUUGUAAUAAAAAGAACUGACGAAGCUCAUGCAUUUCACUGCCAUAUUUGAACAUUGAAGCCGGCCAUGGCAGCUGCUAUGGGCGCAAAUUCAAUUUGAACUGUGCUUUCAACAACCAUAGGCGUUUUUCAAGUUUUGGAGUUAGGAUUCUAGAUAGGGAAGACUGGAAGUUUUAUUGGUAAACAGAACAGACGGGUAUCAUCAUUCACACUUCGUACUCCUAUUCCAACAGACCAACAAAAAAAAUUCUGUCUGGAUUUCAGCUUUUCGAAAGGGAAGGCCUUCCAGAGCUCCCCCCCCCCUGGCUACGCUAUUGUUUAUAAGUAAAACCAUUUUCUUUUCAUGCAGGUGAAUAUGAGAAUGAGAAAAGGAUUCUAUUGUGCCAUGAAUAUAAUUUUGGUUUCUGCGCACCAUUUGCACACAUAUGUGGUCGUGUGCCUGGAUAUUUUGCAUGUGGCGCUUCUUGCAGUCCUAGACCCGGCCUCGUAUGUUGUUGGUAUGAAUCGUUCCGAUCCACGCAUCCAUUACUGUAGAAACCCGCAUAAAAGAACCAGUGGAUUGAAAAUUUGGAGCCUGAAAUUGAUGCAAUUAAGCGCUUAAAAUAGGGCCUUUUUUAACUGUGGCAUUUACAUAAACAUACCAUGCAACUACCUAACUGAAGAUUCAGUAUAACGUAACGGUGCAUGUAUAUCCACGAAGUACCGUUUUGGGGACAUUGAUUUUGGAGACGUUUUCUGGCUGGAAAUGUUCAUUUAUCACGAGCUUUCGGCGGGCAGACUGAAGCCGAAAGCUUGUGAUAAACACAUAACUACCCGUUGACGGCUGCAGUCUGGCAGCCGGAAGUGCGUGAUAAAUAAAUAUUUCCAACCAGAGAACGUCUCCAGAAUUAUUAUCAACAAAUAUGUUUCAGAAAAAGCACGAAAUGCUGUCAUAGGGCUGAAAAAAUACAAAAAUGUUCUGGGUAAGAGACACGAAACUUUCACCAACAACCACCUGCCAUUUCUCCACACUCGGUAUACUGUGGUUCCGUUUUUAGAAGCCUCUCCCUCACUGACGAAUUCUUAAAAAACAAGAGACUUAAAAUGCAGGAACCGCUGCAGGCUAAAUAUAAGACAAGUUCUUAAAAGCCCUGCUUUAGCUGAGGAAGAACACAUGUUCUAAGGACAGGUGUAGAAUACGUAGGUCUUGUGGUCAUUCAUUUCUUACGAUUUUGAAAUGUGAGAAACAAUUUUUCAUUUUUAAAAAAAAUGGAAUUUUCAUUUUCAGUUCUUAAGUCAUCAGAAUGAGUGUUCAUUUAAGGAAUAAAUAUAAAUUAGUGGUAUGCAAUGAGUGGUGUCGCGUCGCCCGUAGCACGCAAACAGAAUACCAUUGUUAUCUAAACAUCUUUGCGAUAUUAAACAGUUUUUUUAAACGUUUGAAUAUUUUUGUCAAAGAUUUAACACGCCUAGCUACUGGGCUGCCUAUGAGUGCAUGAAGAUAAAUUGUCUCAAUAUCCGAUAGCUCCAUCACAAAAAUGACACCUACGUCUUUAUGCCAAACUAUCGGCAGAAUGCCUAUUAUACUCAGGUAAACCAAACUGUUAAGUGAACUGUAAAUUUCCCUUCAAAAUAUAGCUAGCUCGUGGAAAUUAAAUGGAAUGAACUUAUAUAGAAUUCGGACAUUAAACGACGGAAAACUCAUUCUGAUGAUUCAAAAAUUAAAAAUGGAUAAAACAACUUGUCAAAAAAAUAAAUCGAUUCUCAUAUUUCAAAAUCGUAAAAAAAUGAAUGAUCCUAAAAAUCGCAAUUAUAAUAUUAUACAGCCAACAGUUUUCCAAUUGAGGAAACAAAUAAUUUAAAACAUUAAAACGGGAAAUCGGAAACACUAUUGCUUUUGACUAUAGCAAUUUCAACUGUUAAGAACCAUGUAACUCGGUCUGACUUCUCACUAAAUGCCGACUAUAGCUACAUGUGCCACUUCGACCUAAGUUCAAAAUGAAUGGUUCUUUUAUCCGAGUUUUUACUGAAUUUAGUAUCAUCAUAUUACAAUAUGUAGAUAGGAAAAUAUCCUCAUCUAAAUAACGUAUUUACUUCCCUCUAUGUGCCUAUUUAAAUUACCAAAAAAUCCAGUUUUGCAAACUGUAUUUGACGUCCGUGGUGUUUGUUGUUAAUUCGUAGCGCAAGUAGCUAAAACACGGUUAGUUAGAAACUGCAAAAAACAACGUUAAAAGGAUAUGGUUUUGAUCCAAUCGACACUUUUCUGCUUAACAAGACAACAAGGUAGUAUAAGGUCAACAGAUUAAGAUUAUUUAUUUUCCCGAUCAUUUUACGAUAUUAAGUUGCCUGAAAUUUGCUCUUUCCGCAGCUACAACUUUUACCUGGCAAAAACAUUUUGUGUAAAUAUAUUUCAGGCUUGACACGAACUCCACAUGUUUCAUUCACUGCAGUUAAAUUAGCUUGCUUUCCUAACAUUUUGGCUAGUUGUGUUUGGUUUGAGAAUUAUCAUCACUCCUCAGUUUCGAAUUGAAUUUUCAGAUGCACGUCAGCUAUAUUUUAAGAGCGCAUUAAAAAUUGCUUGCACAAGAAGUGAAAAGUUUAAAACGCAAUUUAAAAUUCUGGACUUCAUGCAUGAUUUCAUGCAUGAUUGAUUUUAUGCAUGAUUGAUUCAUGCCGCACACGAGAGCAAACGCCUCGCGUGGUAGGCACUCCAAAAAGGGUAAUAUGGCAAAAACUUCCAAGUCCUGAAUAAAAAAUUUGUAUCCUGUCUAUUUCGUCAUAAGUUCAGUUCAUCAACAUGAACUGAUAUAUUUAAAAAACGAAGACAGAUACUUAAUAAGGGCAUAAAGUUCGAUGAUAAAAUUAUGUUUUGAAUGCACAAAUUAGGGAAUGCGUUUUUGUUAAGACCCGGACCGAAGAGUUUUCUCAUCCGGACCGAAGCGGGCAGUAAAUAACGUAUUUCUAAUUUAGCAGAUGUAAAAUUAAAUUCAUUAAAAUUCCAGUGUUGCAUGCGAAUUGAAUUUGAAAUCAAUGCGGUUGUGUAAUUAAAGCGAGGCUGACAAAAAUUGAAAUGCUGAAAGAUAAACACGAAUACAGGAACCUCGAGAAAACUGGCAAGAAAGACACAAAAUAAAUAUAGUUUCAGUAAAAAUAUACAUGCAUUUUCAAGGAUAUGCUAUAAAAAAAGCAUAUAACAAUGAAGAGUUUCGGCCUUGCGUUUCGGCGUAGACUAAUUCAAUGUUGCUUCAACAAUAACAGGUAUGAACCUAUAUCGACACAGCAAGUGAACAAUAGUUUAUUUAACUUGCCUGUCAAAAACACGUAAAUAAGUGAAUCUGUUUUUAUUUAAUCAAUUAUUUUCUGCUCAAAGAGAAAAGAUUUACUAAUCAAAGAGAAAGGUGUGAUGUUUUAAAUUUUGCAUUUUCAAAAUAUUGUCAAUCCAGGUAUACAUCGUGCUAAGCAUGAGGUGUUUAGAGCUGGAAGCAAUUCAUUUUCAUAUUUGUCUCACUAUCGUUAGGCUAAGUUUUAAAAAUUUUUGGGUAAAUUUUAAACUCGUCCGUUUUGGCGCGAAAAGCUGCCAUUUUCCUUUCGUAGGACCGCUGAACAUGUUUCCUCACACUAUAAUCCACAAACCACGAACUUGAACCCUUGUAUUUUUAAUGACUUAAUAUUUCUGUCAUCGAAUUAUUUCUCACUCAUCCCUUUUCCUUUUAGUGGCAAAGGAUAUUAAAGUUGCUGCAAAGAAACAAUGAUGAAUGGUUUAAACGUAGUUGAAAAUAUUGAAUAGCAUGCACUUGUAAGCAGAGUUAAUUUUUGUGAUCAAAUAAAAACAUUCUUCAGUCAACAAAAAUGUCUAAUCAUCUUGUCCAAAUCUUAUGAUAAAUAAUUUUUUGCCAUUCUUACGCAAGAAUGUCUAAAUCCAACUUUCCUUCACAAAAAAAACACAGCACCAAACACGUUCCCCAGAGCAGGAAUGACAUGCGACGAGGCC